AUGGGUGAAGAGGAAAUACGUGAUGACGAAAUAGGUGAAGAGGAAAUAGGUGAAGAGGAAAUACGUGAUGACGAAAUGGGUGAAGAGGAAAUAGGUGAUGACGAGAUAAGUGAAGAGGAAAUAGGUGAUGACGAAAUGGGUGAAGAGGAAAUACGUGAUGACGAAAUAAGUGAAGAGGAAAUACGUGAUGACGAAAUGGGUGAAGAGGAAAUACGUGAUGACGAAGUAGGUGAAGAGGAAAUAGGUGAUGAUGAAAUGGGUGAAGAGGAAAUACGUGAAAAUAGGGACCUAUGGAAUGGGAGGGUUGAGAAGCCUACUUGUGGUGGGGGAGAGGAAAUGGGCGGUGGGAUAUGCGAUGCGAAAAGGGGAAAGGAAAUAGGUGAUGACGAAAUAGGUGAAGAUGAAAUAGGUGAUGACGAAAUAGGUGAUGAAGAAAUAGGUGAAGAGGAAAUAGGUGAAGAUGAAAUAGGAGAUGACGAAAUAGGUGAUGACGAAAUAGGUGAAGAGGAAAUGGGUGAUGAGGAAAUAGGUGAAGAGGAAAUACGUGAUGACGAAAUAGGUGAAGAGGAAAUGGUGUUGCAAGCAUCUUAG